CCGUGAGCUGACGUCCACGUCCCAGAAGACUGCGCGCGAGAAUCUCUGGCGUUACGUGCCUGCGUUCACAUUACGAUAAGGGGCAGGGGGAUUGAAUAUUUAACCCUCCGCGACAUUCAGCGCCCAUCAGUCUGCUUCAAACGAUUACUAGCUUCGAACCUGUGAUUGCUGAAUCCACACCUGCAUUUUAAACUUUCUUCUUUUUAUAGUUCCGAGUCUGUAACGCUCGACUGACCACUGGCUGCACUUACCGUCAAGAUGCCAAGAACGUUUUCUGCUUUCUUCUGCUUUGUCUUUCACGUUUUCUGCUUCAAGCGGAAGGGUUCCCGCGUCUGCACCGUCAUUGGGUCUGGAGAUGCCAGACAAUGACGUCAUUGACGUCAUGUGUCACGUGAGAGGCUGCGACUAUGACCUUCAACUCUACUGUCUCAGCAAUGGAGCUAUCGUUCUGGGAUCCUGCUCACUGAAGCAAACCUUGUGUUCGAAUGGUCGGCGUAACGAGCUUCGUGUGGCCAAUAGUUGGACAGUGUGCUGGGAAGCAACGUACACGGUUGACCAGAGAAAUCCGGCCCAGAAGAUUGAUCUCGUGAAAGAAAGCCAGCCGUUAACGGAUGACAGUCUCCCAGACGAGACGCAGUUCUCUGACGUCAAAGGACAACCACCAAUCCAAAAGCCCCUACCUUCAAUUUUCGCCGAAAAAGAAGGAAGCGGUGUCCCAGCAAGCAUUGUGAAAACCGGAAAUCCCGAAGUGAAUGCGCACCACUCCUUCCAGGAAAAUCAAGUGCCUAAAGCCGAUGACAUGGCAAACCAGUAAAAAUCUUUGCCGAAAGUGAUGGGAUAAAAAGAUCACAAUUCAUUUUUUUGGGCACAUACACUUUGAAAAAUGUGUCUGUUGAAAUGUCCUAAAAUGUUGAUUAGUGCUUAAUAGUGGGAAACAAGUAGAGUGGAUUUGGGCAAAUUUUACAUUUGUUUUGUAUAUAACAAAAGACGAAUACACUAAAAUGACCCAAUGCAAGUUACUCUGUAACAUACUUGCAGUAAUAAGCACAAAAUAAGUUCACCACAUGCAUUUAAGCGUCUUCCGUUUAUAUUACACAAACCUGCCCUGACUUUACAGAGUCGUUCUCAUCUACAGAUUAUAGGAAGACCGCAUGGUUGUCGAUGGUGCAAGUUUCCCUCGAGAGAUUCGUUUACACUUGCAACCACUUUAAGAUAAAAACAGGUCACAUCGGAAACGGUAUAUUAUAUAGCCAACACUUUGGAAAGGUGAAGCAGACCUCCCGCGCUUUUUGAUCUGCACUUCUGCUGAUGGGUUCCAAACCCUUGGGACUCCUUUGGGGCAGGACCAGUCGUUACUGAAGCUAUCCGGCACGUGGGUACUCACUUCCUCACAUCAUAUGAUGGUUCUCCUAGAAGCUAACUGCUCUGUUUUUACACUGGUGGUCUAACUACAGUAACCAUCAACUAGUUCAGUUACAGCAACUAAAAGGCAGAGUAGCUAGAAUUUUCAUUUGAGGCACUGGAUAUGCACAUAUUACACUUGAUAUUCAGGUUGAACAGGCAGCCUUUUCAAAUUCAGAAUCAGGCAUACGUAUAUAGCUUACCACUAAUCCUAAUCCAGAUCAGAACAAAGACCCCCCCCCCCACCUUUACUUUGUCCAUAACGUCUUCAAUUUAACAGUGCAGAGUAUUCUACAUACAUGGUCAAGGCUAAACCCAGACCGAAAUAUUUCCCUACCUAGUCCCACACAGACGUGUUUUGUCACGUGCCUCCUAGGUGUUAAAUUAGAUAAGUUCUGGCGCAUUUCCGAUUUCUUUCUGAAUAUAUUACACAAAGCUGCAACCUUUUCUCAUAUAUCGACCGAAAGUACACACAUAUAUUCCCAACUGUAUGUCAGCUGUCACUUGUAAUUUCAAAAGAACCUGGCCCAAAAAUAAAAAAAAUGAUGAAAUU